AUGGCAACGGCCUUCAGCAGCGAUGGGGAGGCCGCGCUGCGGCGGGAGCUGGGCCCGGCGGCGGCGGCGCCGCGGGGCGACCUGGACGGCUUCUACGAGAUGGGCCGGGCCGCCGACUUCGUGAGGGGCGGCGGGUUCCGCAAGGUCGCCCUCCAGUUCCCCGACGAGCUCCUGGCGGACGCGGCGGCGGUGGCGGCCCGGAUGGAGGCGGCGACUGGUGCCGAGAUGUACGUCCUGGGAGACACCACGUACGGCAGCUGCUGUGUGGACGAAGUGGCCGCCGAGCACGCGGGUGCUGAGGCGGUGCUGCAUUACGGCCCGGCCUGCCUCAGCCCCUGCAGAAAGCUCCCGGUGCUGCACAUCUUUGGGCAGCAGCCCCUGGACAUCGAGCAUUGCGCAGAGGCCUUCCGGGGGCUUUAUCCCGACCGGCAGAGCCGUGUGGUGGUGCUGAGUGAUGUGGUCUAUGCCUAUGCGAUGGGUAAGCUGGAACAGCUGUUGUGCCCCGAAUACCCCAAUAUCAUUUUCUCCAGGGUGGUGUGUGGGGACCCUCCUGGCCCUGCAUCACCCGGGGAAGUGCGGCAGUUUGGUCGCCAGUUCGUGGUGGAGGCACCGGGAAGGCUGCAGGACUGUGCCAUGUUCUAUGUGGGAGCUGAGGGCCUGGCCCUCACCAGCUUCAUGCUGACCUGGAACCACUGCCCCUUCAGCUCCUUUGAUCCUGCCACCGGCUGCGGCCGCCGCGAGAUCCUCAACGUCAACCGGGCCCUGAUGCGACGUCUCUACCUGGUGGAGCGGGCCCGGGAUGCCCGGGUGGUGGGCAUCCUGGUGGGUACCCUCGGCGUGGCAGGCUACCUGGCUGUGCUGCAGCACCUUCGUGAGCUUCUGUGCCGGGCCGGCAAGCGCAGCUACACUCUGGCUGUGGGGAAGCCAAACCCCACCAAGCUGGCCAACUUCCUGGAGGUGGACAUCUUCGUCCUGGUGGCCUGCGCUCAGAACUCCCUGCUGGACUCCAGUGACUUCUACCGUCCUGUCGUGACCCCCUAUGAGCUGGAGCUGGCCUGUAACCCGGCCCGUGAAUGGACGGGGAACUACCUCACUGACUUUCGAGACCUGCUGCCAGGUGCCUGUGCACACGUUGAGCUCCCACCGGCCACCCCUGCAGCGGAGGCUGUUCCUGACAUCUCCCUGAUCACGGGGGAGAUGCGCGCUGCUCACCUCUGCGACCCCCUGGCCCCCCAGCUGCCCCCCAGCACCACCCUGGCCUGCAGGGACGAGACACGGGCCCUUGUGGAAAUCAGCCCUGCUGCCUCCUUCCUGGAGUCUCGCAGCUGGCGGGGCCUGGAGCAGCAGCUGGGGCAGACACCCAUCUCCAAGGCUAUGCAGGGCCGACGAGGGAUUGCCAUUGCCUACGAGGACGAGGGGUGCGAGCAACCCUGAUUCGGCAGCAGCAUCGGCACCCAACCAGGAACAGGGGG